GAGAGGUCCGACCUGUUGGUGGGUGGAGCGACGGCGAAUCUUCCCUCCCCCUCUGCGGCCGCACACGUAUAUACGUUAAGUGCGCUCGCUGUACGUGUAUCCAUGGAAACCCACGAGCGAAGCUCGAAAAUAAACGCGAGAGAGAGAGAGAGAGAGAUUCAGCGUCUCGUUUAGAUUGAUGUGCGUCGGCUCUGCUGCACUUGCGCGAGAGCUUUUUUCUUUUUAGGUCCGCGCGAUACUCGAGAGCUUUUUUUCGCGAGAAUCGGUAGUGUGGGAGAGGUGAGAUUGUUGAGAGGGCUUUUUCCAAGCUUGGAGCUUUGCUUUGUAAGCGACUUUGACAUUUUAGAUGAAGAAUUGGUUUUCAUUAUUUUUUUAAAGAGAGCUUGAAUUUGAAAUGAAUUAAUCGAUUUAUUAGAAUUUUGUAAGAAGCAUCCAUUUUUAACGAGUGUAUCUUAAUCGAAAUAUCCGUUGCUAACAAAAUAAAAAUCUCCUAUUCCCGCACUCGCAGCUUGCAAGCUCACCUCCAAUCUCAUCAACCCUCCACUCCUAUACCCAACACACAACAAAGCUCAUCAACCAACGCAGUCCCAUCUCUCUCUCUCCCUCGCACAACUCCCACACAAAAACGCUCCGAAGUGGAGCGAGCUAAUCGAAAGCAACAGCCUCUCUCUCUCUCUCUCACUCGCGCUCGCGCACACACUUGUUGCGUUCGCCCCGCCCUCGUACAACUCUCGACUGUAGCCCCGGGGCGACAACCACCUCGCGCCGCUCUCACUCGUGCUCCGACCUUACACGCGCGCGCAUAUUAUCGUCCUCGUCAGUGGAGUUCUUUUUUUUUACUAAUCGAACCUGUACACCCGCACACACACGCGUCUAUACUGCAAACUCGCCACUCGAUCUCUUGUGCGUCGGAAAUGUCGAUCAGAAGAAGAUUCUCUUGAGCGAAGAAGCGAUAUCACAGACAAGUGCGUAAAAAAGCUCUCUCCGAGAUCGACGAACAAAGCUCUCGCGUAAGAAGCUGAUAAGGAAGAUGGACGGCACCGGCGAGUCGACCAAGAGCAUCGCGUUGGCUACUGCUGCCGCCGGACUCAACGGGCUCGUCGUCGUUAACAACAACAACAGCAGCAAGCUCAACAAGAACAACAGUGGUAAUGCCGCCGGGAACAACAACAACGGCGGCGAGGGCAUCAGCGCGGCCGUCGCCAAAGUGCUGCAGGGAUACGACUGGACCCUCGUGCCCGUCGCUAGCAAGGGAUCGAACGACAAAAGAGUGGCGCACGUCAAGAGGCCGAUGAACGCGUUCAUGGUGUGGGCGCAGGCGGCCAGGAAACGACUCGCCGAUCAGUAUCCCCAGCUGCACAACGCCGAGCUGUCCAAGACACUCGGCAGCCUGUGGAGACAGCUCUCGGAGAGCGACAAGAAGCCCUUCAUCGAGGAAGCCGACCGCCUGCGGGUCAUCCACAAGCGCACCCACCCGGACUACAAGUACCAGCCCCGUCGCAAGAAGCAGUCGGGCAGCUCGGCCUCCUCCUCGUCAUCGUCCUCAUCUUCGACGCGAGAAGUCCGCAACUCGUCCCAGCAGAGCAACAACGUCACCUUCAGCGUACAGUCUCGAGCCGGUUGCAGCCAGGUCGGCUCGCUCAAGCAGGAGGACAUGAGCGUCUGCGGCGACGCGAUGCUCGGCUCGCCGCAGACCACCAGCGGCUCCGUCGGCUCUUCCUCGCCACCCACGACGCCUUCCCAGGGACUCUCGCCGCCCACGCCGCCGACUACGCCGCGGGGACAGCACUACGUGCACCAGCAGCACCACGGCUCGGUGUACCAGCAGCUGGACCUGGGUCCGAACCACAUGCAGGCCUCGCCGGAGAUGGUCCAGCACCAGCAGCCCGAGCACCAGCACUCGGGCGUCGAACUGCCGAAUUACCUGGAGCUGCCGGAUAACGUACCGACGUUGGAGGACGAGCAGCUGAGCAACUUGGGCACGAUCAACCUCGGUAUUCCGCUCAAUCUUCAGGAGUGUGAGCUCGAACAGUAUCUGCCGCAGCAGCAGAGCCUCCCAGCGCUCCACCAGUACGGCGGGCAGGCUAUCAACAGCCCGUGGCUCUCCAACAGGUACGACGACGACUGCGUCGAGCGACUGGGCAAACGCCACUACUCCCUCGAGCAGACCCAAGCCCAGCAGCAGCAAGCUCCAGUCGCCGGUGACUCGAACGGCUGGGACGACCUCCAGAGCCAGCAGCAGCAGCAGCAGCAGCAGCAACAGCAACGCAGUCGCGAGGACAUGACGAGGUUCCACGAGCUGCAACCCCUGUCGGCUCUCCCUCCGGUCCAGUACAUAUCCCAGCAUCACCACCAUCAUCACCCUCAACUCGGCCAUCAACACGCCGCGGCGGCUGCUUACGCCCAGUACCGUCACUUCGUCCCGAGCAUCGACUCGUGGCCUGCAAACUACUCCUCUUAGCUAGGUUUUCUGUAUACUAUCCUUUGUGCGCGUGUGAGUAAGUGCGUUCGCGAGCAACUAUUUCGCUACAUUAGCGAAUCUGGAUUCGUUAUUCGAAGGUGCAGCUCGCUCGAUACAAUGCCUCCUUUGACGCGUACUGCAACCAAGUGCUCCGCGUGUGUGUGUGUCGAACGAAAAAUAUAUAACGUAAAUAAUAAUUAUCACGUGUGUCACUUUGCGGGAGAGAGAGAGAGAGAGAGAGAGAGAGAGAGUGAGCGACAUUCGCGCUGCUGUUAUUUUAUUGUAUACACACUCGUUAUAUUGUUGCUUGGCAAAGAGGAUCGACAGCGAGGUACGUAAGUGUCUUUUGGAAGGAUAAUUAGUCGCGAGGUGUGCAUUGUUAUUAUUUUUAGAAAAAGUAGUCGUAGCUUAAUUACUAGCAUAAUCUUCUGGGCGCACGUACGAGGGUCCGGUAUGAAAAUUCGCAUCACACCAUGUUAUGAUUAUCACAUACGGGCGCGGGUGAUCAGACGAAGCGCCGAAUUAGCCAAAUACAGAGGUAAUUAAACGAAUUUUAAUUAUUCUUUAAUUACAGUGAUCCUCCUAGCAUAUAUACGUAAAAAGCACAGCCACCCAGUGGCGCCUAUAUAUUCACCGCUGAUGAGAGGUGUAAUCAAUAUAUUAUAUAAAUACGAUUAUGUUAUGUAAAAGCGUAGAGUCUAAACUUAGUUCGUAAGCGCGAAAAUCGGCAAGUUCGAUCUAUGACUAUAUAUAUAUAUAUCUAACAUAAUCCAUAUCUCUCGAUGUCGGUACACGCGCGUGUACCGUUCACAUUAUACACAUAGCCAACUGGAGAACGAAAGACAAAAAAAAGCUCACCGAGACUCCAUGACAUCAUUCCAUGACAGCCGGUCGGAGAUUUCCAGGCCAAACAAACCUCUAUACUACUACUACUACUAUAUACCGAUAUACUGCUGUGUAUACUCUCUUGGCGAGAGGGAGAGAAGUCCAUCUAAUAAUAUAAACUUCCCCGGUGCGUCUAUGUAUGCGGGUAAACCGUCGAGGCGAGGUUUAUGCGAUCGGACGCGAUCGGCGCGCUUUUCAAAUAAACCGCGUCGUUCGAUUUUCUCUCUCUUGUACACACCGCACAUACGCACCGAUUUAUAUACCACUGCGCGUUGUGUAAACGGAGGAGAGAAAGACGGGACCAAUUUUUUGCGUUGAACGUCUUUUUGUAAUAACGUACACAUAUACGUAAAUAAGGAAAUUCGUCGCGUUAUAUAUAUAUAUAUGGCUAUAUAUAAAUGAGAAAUAUAAAGUAUAAGAUUAAGGGCAACGCCGCGCGCGCGCAGCUUUUGUACUUAGAUAUUUAUUUGUAUACCUGAAUCGCGAGAGCAUCUCUAUCUGUAUAUCGAUGUAAGUGUGAAAAAUUAACGAGCGAAAAGAUGCUGGUAAUAUGUUAUAACGAUUUGAGAGAAUAAAAAAAGUUUAAUCUUGAAA